GCACCAGGCUCCAAGCAAGCUGGAGAGUGAAUAAUAAGCAGCUUGGUUGUUGCUGGUGGCUCUGGGCUCGUCCACCGUCCGCUCGAUUCGGGACAAGACUAUCCAUGCGCCGGGGGACUGCCAACGAAGCAUUGAUGUGUUGCCCUCUGCUCCAAGCUCUCUGUCAGUCCAACGAGGGCCUCAGCCCGUCCGAUUGCUCUAGCGUAGAUAUGCAUGCGGCUUUGUGCGACCGUUGAUUAUGUAAUGUGGUUCGAAGUCGGCGGAAUCAUAGUAGAUGAGAAAAGCGUGCGGUGCGGAGCGCUGCCUUGGAUUCUUGCCCCUAACCCUCAUUCACACAACAGUUGCUAGCCAUCCAUCCAGCCCCUUAACCCGUCCCAACUCGCCCCGCACCAGUGUACAACGUAUUAGGCGGCGACUGCGACAACGGCGAUCAUGGGCCAGCCGUCAGCGUGUUUCAAUGUAUGCCGUACAUCGAUGCAUACCCUCGACCCAAAAUUCACAGAUCACCCCUGGCCCUCAACCCAUCGCUCACAAUAUCCGUCAAAUAGAUAGAAGGCGGUGUGUGGAUGCGCACCCCGUCAUCAUCCUUGGGAACUGCGCUCGCCCGCUCGCUCGCUGGUGCGUUUGCUCUCGCCUUCUUUCUCUGCUCAUCAUUCACAGUGUAUUUGCGGCCAGAGAAACCCGCUGCCCUGAUUUUAUCUCGUGCGUGCAGCGCUCCCGUCUGCUCACUGUAGCCAGGCCAACCCAGCCCAGCCCAGCUAGGGCUGGUCCAGUCUGUCUCAACGCCGCAUGUCGGUCGCUCCGCGCAACAAAGCCUACGAAGGACACCUGCACCCACGUGUGACGUAUAUCGCAUUGCCCCUGCUGUACCUGAUGGGAGUUUUUUCCCUUCUCUGUUCAAGCCGUAUUUUGCAGGCCUCCGUGCAAGUGCUCGCUGGCGCACCGACGGCCCUGUGCACCUGUGGUUCUUCUCGCUGCGGAUGAUAAACAUGCGCCGACGUCAAUGUAAUAUAAAGGCUCCGUCAUCGUC